AUGGAUCCUUCAGAAACGCUCGUCACCCGGCCAUUGAUACCCAUCCAAGCAACCUCAAUCCACCUCACCGACCUCAUACUACCACCAUUGCUCAUCGGGCUCGCACUCAUGAUAUUCGACAUCCAAUCAAGAAAGAUCACCAAGAAAACAUCCUCCAACUCUCAUCUGUUCAUCAAUCAAACCCAUCAUGCUAGAUUCCUACCAUCAUCCUCAACCCAUCAAUUCAAGUAUUCGCUCAUCCAAUUCGGACUCGACCUCGAUCAUCUUGAGGCUGCUCAACUAGACAUACCACAUCUGUUCAGAUUCAGCAAACCUAAAAACGAUCAACUAGCCAGCAGAUUCAGACUCCUGUUCGAUCCUUCCAGUUGGCUAAACCUCAUCCAGAUCUUCUCAAUCUCUCCGUCAUCUUACUUCAAAAACACACCCAGUAACAACACACAUCAAGCCCAAUCGAUCAAACUAGCACUCUUCAAUCAACUCGAAACUCAAUUCGAUCUCGAUCCUCAUCAAGAGAUCGGAAAAGUUUAUCUACUCAGUAUGCCUACCUAUCUAGGAUUCACUUCAAUCAACCCACUUAGUAUUUACUUUUGUUAUCAGAAACCUGUCGAUCCAUCCGAUCCGAACCAUCCGCCACUCAAGUACGUGGUCCUAGAUGUCCAAAACACCUUCUCUGAACGUCACUCUUAUCUCCUCAAGAUCGGCACCAACGAGCUCCCAAAUCCUCAAUCAGGAUUUCAGCAUGAAUGGAUUAUCCCCAGGGCGUUUCAUGUCUCACCUUUCAACGAUCGAACGGGCUCUUACAAGAUUUCGCUAUCAGACCCGUUCUCCAACCCCAAACGAGGACCAGACGGCCAAUCAACCAUCUCCUUGAAUUUCAAGAUCGUUUUCUUGACCAAGUCGGGGGAGAAGAAGUUCAUUGCGACGCUCAACGGAACUGGCGCACCGUUCACGACAUCGAAUCUGGUCCGGAUCUGGGCUCAAUAUCCGGUGGUCCUCUUCCUGACCAGCCUGAGGAUCCUCUACGAAUCCUUCAAACUACAUAUGGGCAAGCCUCGGUUGGAUGUCUAUCCUAGACCAGAACCGGUCUUCGAUCGAGAGUAUGCUCUCAAAGGUCCGAAUCCGAUCCAAGAAGGAGGCCAGCUAGGUGCAACUGGAUGGCAAGAAGCGGAUUGGUGCUCGAGAUGGGCCCAACGGAUCGUUGUCGAUUAUCUGACCAGAAGAGUCAACCAAAUUGCCGAGAACAGCGCCAAGAUCCUCCAGGCAACUCCUCAUCCGGCGCCAAAGAGCAGUCCGGAUACCGAGUUAACGAGCUUGGGUAGUUUUGUUAAUCUGGCCGAUAACAGCGAGAAAGCAGCCCCAGAUAGAUUGUCGGAAGAAGAAGAAGAAGAGGAAGAGCAGCAGCGCUUCAACAGCACAGAGCGGCCGAGCGUGGUGACCGUGGUCCUUCAACCGGCCGAUCAAACUCAACAGAUCAUCACCAUUUCUCCUCCUCCUGCUCCUUCAGACGAUCAUGAUCAAGCGACGGGAUGGGUCCAAGAAACCUUGACGAUCCACUACGGUUCGGCCGGCUUCUUUACGGAUCUGAUCGUUUUUCCGACACCUUCGCUAGCCCAAUUGAUUGGAGAUGAAUCAGAAGCGGCCUGGAAAGUGUCGUCGAUGGCGCUCUUUGAUCGAGUGUUUGAGAAUGCACAUGUGCGUCAAUGCCUUCUCUCCCGGGACAGUCAACCGCCGGUCCGACUGAGCAAGCCAGCCGGCUUCCUCGCCCGACUGAUCAACCGCUUAAGACGGUUCUACUUCCGAUGGUUGUUGUCCUUCAUCAGUCUCGAGGAACGCAACUCGGCCCAGAUCAAGAGACGCUCCUCCUGGUUCCCUCCACCCAACUUUGUGGCCAUCGACGGCCCCUUCCAAUGCGACUCCAGUCCCAUCGAUCGUCCGUUCCUCCACUCCAAUCUUACCCAGGCCGGCCGCAUCUUCUGCAUCCUCCUCCAUCAAAUCUUCUCAGAAUUGCUCAGCUUUUUCCUCUUCCAUUAUCUCUUUCGCUUUCGCUUUGUGGGCUCUAAACAGCCCUGGUGGAGACUCAAACGCGCUAUCUUCGCCGCUAAUCGGAUCCCCUUCAACGCUCAGCCCGAUCUUGAUCUUCAUCAUAUCGGUAGUCUUAGACACCCUUCUUGA